AUGCCGUAUUCUCCUACUAUUCUAGCAGACAUUGAUCCAUCUUGCUCUGCCGGCUCCGCCAUAUGGAUGUCCCAGACUUGGCUGCUUUAUUUUGGUAUCCGAGAGCCACACAUCCCAGGCAGGGUGUUGCGCCAGUUCGGCUUCUUGCAGCGGGUGCCUGACAACACUUUCAUCAUGGAGAAAAAAGAAAUAAAAAAGUUGCAUAAGGAGACGCGUGGUAAGAAAUGUCAAGAUGACGUCUUACAGAGGUGGGAGAAUCGACACAACACCCUUGCAGGUCUUCAGACGGAUAUGACUCUUGAACCCCAGGCAGCACCGGAAUAUCUAGUGUGGUAUCAAAAUCACACUGUCACUUUGGUCAAAAAUCCAUCAGACUAUCGUCAGCCCCAGGGUUUUCAGGGAUCUGCUGAGUCACUACAUAUAAUGCAUGAUGGUAAGGCUGAUGAUGUUUUUCCAUUGAUGGAUUUACCAGAAGGAGUAAUUCAGGAAGUCCUAUACCGUUUACCAGUAAAAAGAGCAGCCCAAUACCGAUUAUUAAGCAAGCAAUUCAACGAGAUAAUCAAUUUACAAGAAAAUCUCAACCGAUCCCGGAAUAAGAUCAGCAUCCUCCACUACUCUUCUUCGGAUGCAAGCCAUAAAUUCUUGUGCUCACUAAUGCUUCAGACAGGGAACAAGUACGACAUUAACAUGGCAAAUUCGAUUUCCCGCGUUUGGUGUUCGUCGAGAGGCCGACUCUUGAUUAACUUGUUAGGCUGUUCUAACUACAUUGUUUUCAACCCGAUGCUCAGUGCAUAUCGAAUAAUACCCUCACCAAACCUAGGCGGAGUUCUGUCCGUCGCGGGCCUAGGUUUAGUUGAUCUUGAAGAUUUUGCUUCCAUUAACAUAGUUGCAGCGGUUGAAAAGAGCGGAGAAAUCGGGACGUUAAGUUUCCUGAUUUUCAACUCGGAUAGCAAUCGAUGGCGGGAAUCCCCCUGUCGGCAAUCCUUAAAUCCUCGGGGUAGUUAUGGUGGUUAUGAUGGUUUUUCCGAACCUGUUUACCUUAACGAUCAUAUGCACUGGCUGUUGAAAGACCUAAAUAUAUUGGUGUUUGACUUAAAGUAUGAACGAAGUUGGAUUAUUAUGGCGCCUGAUUUUCCUGUUCAGUCUCCUUACUCAAGGGAUUCCCAACAUAUCGGGACUAAUAAUGGGUUAGGUUCAGAAACAUGGUUUGGUGUCGCGGAAGGUUGUCUUGCUUAUGUGUUCCCUAAAGAGGAAGAGAUUUUGGUUUAUGGGCUCGAUUAUGGGAAGCGAUCAUGGAAAAAAAAGAAUACGAUUCCGAAAAACUUUGGGAUGACUAAUUGCAAGAGAGGAAGGCCUAUUUUCUGGGAUGGUAAGGUGUUGAUAUUUGUCGGUGGAAUUAGUUUGAAAGAUGUUUUCGAAUUCGAUGUUUUGGAGAAGAAAUGGAGGAAAAUCGGAACGAUGCAAGAGUGGGGGGAUUGCUGUAGAUGUUUUCAUCCAUUUGUUCCGAGCUUUAAGGCCACCUUGCCUGGUUGCAAGUAUUUACAUGAUGAAGUGAAGAAAGAUGAUGUUUCUGGACGCAACAUUGUCGAAAAGCUUGUAAUGAUAAGGUCACUUGUCGUUAAUGGAUUUUGGUAA